AUGUUUUUCAACAUCCAUGUGGUUUUGUAAUAAUUUAUAUUUUUGCUUAAUAACACGAUUUCAUAUAAAACUUCAAAGUUGUAAUGGAAGAUCUUAAGGAGAAUAAUACAAUAAUUGUUGAGCAAGACACUGUCGAAGAGUAUGAAUUUAAAUAUAAUUUUUUAAAUACGCCCUGGGAUGAUCGUUCUACCAAGAGUAAAGUAGGCAUCAUUACUUUAUUAACAGUUAUAUUUACGGGAAUAGCAGCGUGCGUGAUUAACAAUCUCUGUAUACAUUACAAAGGGUUCCAAUAUUCUAAAAUAAUAAAUAAUGAUAUUAAAUGUCAUCUUAUAAAGAUGGACGACUACAGUUUCACUGCUAGGAUACAUUUAGCAUCAACGCACCAACUGCUAUGUGUAGGGGCAGUCAUAAGUUCUUCGGCGGUUUUGGUUAACGGAAUGUGUGUAAAAGCUGGACCCAUACUUCUACGUUUGGGAAGUCUUGCUGAACCUCGCUGUAAAAAGAGAUUUUCUGUUGACGCCGUCGAACCAAUACAACACGAUGGUGUAAUAGGUAAUACAUUAGUUCUUCUAUACAUUUACGAAAACAUUGUUGAUUGUGCAAAAAUUAUACGGAUUGGUCAGCAAAUAGACUGGAACUCGACAGCUUACAUAAUUGGAAGACCUCUGCAUAUGGGCAAAACAUUAUCACGCCAACCAGCAACCCUUGCUAAUCAAUAUGAUUCAAAUCCACCAGUUAAAAAUUUAAAUAAGAAACAUAUAAUUUGCGUGAAAGAUUUAGCGCGAUGUCCAGUACGUGCUGGUGAUCUGCUCAUCCAAAAUGGAUACCUUUUCGGGCUAGCUUCAACAAGUAUUCAUCACACGGGUCAGAGUAAAUCAGCCUGUUUUGCGGACCUAAACGUAGUGCGACACGAAAUUAGUGACCUGGGUGCUGAAGUUUAA